AUGCUGCGUAUCAGCUUGCUUCAAUUGCUCUUUGUGACGCUGCUCGCUCUGUCUGCAGUCUUUGCAGCAGAGUUAGUGCAGGGGACCUCGCAACGUGAGUCUCUCCAAGAUGCCGACAUCAAGGCAGCCUCGCUCCAUGAUGCCUUGCAUGCUCUCUCCGCCAAAUUCCGUCAUGGAAUCUUCCAGACUGACCUUCAUGCCGCCGAAGCUCUGCAAGGUGAGGAACCCGUCAUUGCCAGCCUGAUGAGACUGGCCAAGCGCCAGGACAAUGCUACUGCUAGCUCGGAGGCAACCACGCUGCCGGCGUCUACUGUGACUUCAGCCAGCGCCGAAUCUACCUCUGAGCCCGCCACCACCUCGGCUGCUGAGACCAGUGCGACUGAGACAAUUACGCCCAGUGCGACCAGUGAGACCAGCGCGACCAGUGCACCCAGUGCGACCAGCUCAGCCAGUGCGACCAGCGAGACUAGUGAGACCAGCUCAGCCAUUGCGAUUAGUGAGACCACUUCUAGCGCUGAGCCAACUACCAGCGCUCAGCCAACCACGGCUAGCUCCACCAGUGAGACCACUGAGACCAAUGCCAGCUCUACUAGUGAGACCAGCUCCACCAGCUCUGCAUCGGUCUCCACUGAAACCUCUACCAUAGCCUCAACCUCCACCACUGCUCAGCCGACCACUGCCACUACUGCGUCCUCGACUACCACUACCGAGUCCACUCAGUCGACUACCAGUGUCCCUUCGACUUUGUCCACUGCCACGAGCACCUCGUCCUCGUCCUCGUCUAGCUCAUCCACAUCCACCACAUCCUCAUCCACCUCAUCCACCUCAUCCACCACCAAUCAGUCAACUACCUCUGCCCAAACCACUGAGCAGACCAGCUUGAGCACUUCCACCUUUAAGAGCACAAGCACCUUGCCCGAUGGCAGCCUGAGCACCAUCACCUCUAUCACAGUCAUCACCCCGACGGCCGCCCACAAGACCUCGACUACCACCGUCGGCAAGCCCGGUCUGCAAACCAAUGCCGCCGCGAUGGCUACCGGUAUGGCUCGUGAGGUCGUCGCCAUGGUUGGUGGCGCCGUCGUGGUCGCAAUGGCCCUCUAA